AUGAUAAUCGUGGGUACGAACACAUUCGCCGUCAUGAUAGAAUGGACACUCUCCGCCGUACUCAACAACCCUAACGUCCUCGACAAGGAAAGAAUCGAGGUGCACGCCAUUGUCGGGCAUAAUCGACUGGUCGACGACUGCGACUAUCACAACCUUCCUUAUAUCCACAGCAUCAUUACAGAAAUGCUUCGCUUGUACCCGGUGACACCAUUGUUGGUGCCGCAUCAGUCGUCGGAAGAUUGCAUCGUCGGCGGCUACCACAUCCCGAAAGGUACAAUGUUGAUGGUCAACGCGUGGGCUAUUCACCGGGAUCCUACAAUAUGGGAAGACCCGGGUAGUUUCCGGCCGGAAAGACAUGGAAAUGGGGAGGUCGGCGGCCAGGCGUACGGGUUUUUGCCGUUUGGUAUGGGAAGAAGGUCGUGCCCCGGUUCCGGUCUGGCGAAUAAGGUGAUGUGCUUGGUUUUGGGUUCGUUGAUUCAGUGCUUUGAGUGGGAACGGAAAGGUGAAGGGAGAGGGAUAACUAUGCUCAAAGCGACGCCUUUGGUGGCGAUGUGUAGAGCUAGAGAGUGUAUGAAUGCUGUUUUCUUGACAAUGUAG